GGAGGCAAGUGAGCGCCUGCUUGGAGUUGGCGUGUCGGGAGCUUUUGAGAGUGACACGGCCCUAGCAGGUGGAAUUGGGCUAUUUGCUGAAACUUCUUUCUCUGGUAGCCCUGGGAAAAAUUUACAUUUUUAUUUUUUUUUUAUCAUGGCUUUGGUUCAUAAAUUGUUGAAUGGCACUUAUAUUCUCAGAAAAUGCCCGAAGCCAAGAGUUGCCUCUUGUCCAUUUUGGGGGACUCGCUUUGCAGACUAUUGUUCCAGUAGUUUUCAGAAACCGGUGGCUGCUCCUGGCAAGGCCUCUGCUCAGAGGAAGACUAAAGGGAGUUUGGAAGAACGUCACCAGAGAGAAGUUGCUUUGGAAAUAACUUCUCCUGAGGACAAGCCUGAAAUUAGUUUUGAUAAAGCAAUUAAAGAAGAAAUGAAGGACCAUUUUAGGCGUUUGAAGGAUGAUAUUGUGAAAUAUUGGAUAGGGCCUGAAGGCCGCCCUCUGCAUGAGGUCUUGAUGGAACAAGCCAAGGUCGUCUGGCAAUUCCGUAGCAAAGAAGAUUUGGAUAAGUGGACAGUAACUUCUGAUAAAGCUAUUGGUGGCAGAAGUGAAGUGUUCCUGAAAAUGGGCAAGAAUAACCAAAGUGCGCUGCUGUAUGGAACUCUGAGCUCUGAGGCGCCCCAGGAUGGGGAAAGUGGCCGAAGUGGGUACUGUGCUAUGGUAUCCAAGAUUCCAAGGGGCCCUUUUGAAAUGAAGAGAUCUUACGAUUGGUCCCAGUUCAACACUCUGUAUCUCCGUGUCCGUGGAGAUGGUCGACCUUGGAUGGUGAAUAUCAGGGAGGACACAGAUAUAAUCCAGAGGAAGGAUCAGAUGUACAGUUACUUCAUGUUCACCCGUGGGGGGCCCUACUGGCAGGAGGUCAAGAUUCCUUUCUCCAAAUUUUUCUUCUCUAAUCAAGGACGAAUCCGGGAUGCCCAGUACCAGCUUCUGCUCGACAAGAUCUCAUCUAUUGGAUUCACCCUGGCUGAUAAAGUGGAUGGUCCAUUUUUCUUGGAAAUAGAUUUUAUUGGAGUAUUUACAGAUCCGGCCCACACAGAAGAAUUUGCCUAUGAAAAUUCUCCAGAGCUUAAUCCAAGACUUUUUAAAUAGUGAUCAUGUCGUAUUUCUGUAUUGCUGAGGGUAGUAGAAUCCACAGUGACACAAAAAUAAAGUAUUUUUUAAAAUGGUGUCCAAUCAGUGGCUGUAUGCCUUCCCUAAGACUUAGGUAAAUGCUGCUGAGAGGAACCAACCAGUUAAGUGAUACCUUAACUUAAAGAAUGUAAGUAAUGAUGCAGAGUUACUAUGUAAACACUGUUUUGGGUUAGAGUGAUUCCUGUUAGGAAUAGUUCCUAUACUAAUAGGUGGUUCCCAAAACAGGGAGGCUCUGAAAAUGACUGUUGAUGGCCUUCUACCAUUCUAUUCCCUAUACGUUUCUUCUGUUUUCUCAUCUAGCUAUCAGGAGAGGAGACUGCUGUAGAAAACAUUAAGAUAAAGAUGCUAUAGAAGUCACUGGGAAAAAAAUACCUGUUUUAUUUUGCCUGGGCUUCUGUAACAAAUCACCGUAGACUAGGUGGCUUAAACAAAACACACGUGUAUUUCUCCCAGUUCUGGAGGCGGGGAAGUCCAGUAUCAAGGUGCCUGCCUGCCUGGUGUCUGGUGAGUGCUUCCUGGCUGUAGACAGCUGCCUUCUUACUGUAUCCCUACAUGAAGAGAACAGGUUCUGGUCUCUUCAUAUAAUAGCAUUAAUCCUGUCAUGAGGGCUCCACCCGUAUGACCUGAUUACCUCCCAAAGGCCUCCAAGUGCACCUCUAAGUACCAAGUCACAUUGGGGAUUAGGAUUUUCGACAUAUGAAUUGGGAGGGAGUGGUGGCCACAAACAUGCAGUCCCUAACAUCUACAUUGCUCGUGCUCCAAAGAUGCAUGAUCCUUGGCCGCUUCCCCAGUCAUUUUAAGUAUUAGAGAUUGCAUGUGCCAGAAACAAGACCCUGAUUAAGUGUAAACUGAUCAGUUCCUGUCCUGUUAGAGGAGAUGGGAGACUAUGUGAUAUGGCCAGAGUAUCCUACGAGAGCCAAGUUUAAGAUAAGAAUACACAAAGCUGACAGCUUUUCCAUCAUUUUGGCCUAAAACAUUUUCAUGUAAUUAUUUGUCUUUAUCAGCUUUAUUGAGGCAUAAUUUACAUAACAAAGUUCAUCUGUUUUAAGUGUAUAAACUCAAUGAUUUUUUGGGGGGGCAUACUACGCAGCUUGUAGGAUCAUAGUUCCCCAAUCAGGGGUUGAAGCUGGGGCCACAGCAGUGAAAGCACGAUGUCUUCACCAUUGGACCUCCAGAAUUGUGGUCUUUAUGCAGCUAAUUUUAGGAAAUUUCUGUCAGCUUCCCUGGUGGCUCAGAUGGUAAAGAAUCUGCCUGCAACAUAGGAGACGUGGGUUCGAUCCCUGGGUCAGGAAGAUCCCUUGGAGAUGGAAAUGGCAACCUGCUCCAGUAUCUUUGCCUGGGAAAUCCCAUGGACAGAGGAGCAUGGCAGGCUAUACUCCAUGGGGUCUCAAGAAUCAGACACGACUUAGUGACUAAAACACCUAAACUCUUCAUUCCCAUCUCAGCCCCAUAAUCACUGAUCUACUUUCUGUGUAAGUUUGUGUCUGGCUUCUUUUCACUUCGCAUAACAUCUUUGAUGUUCAUCCACGUUGCGUUAUCAGUAUUUCAUUUUUUAGUGCUUUAAUCCAUCCAUUGAUAGACAGUUGGAUUUCUCUCUACUUUU